AAAUCCGAGUCGACUGAGUCAUCGUGCUCAGCUCUCCCCCGUUUUCCGGCGGCUCGCGUAAAUCUCCGGUGGCUUUCUUGUGAAUCAGACUAAAGACCCAUUAGCUUCUGUCGUGGUUUGUCAAUGACUGUUGGCAUGUCCAGCUCACCUUCUAAGAGACUCUGUAAUCAGGGUUCAAUAGAAACAAAUGGCACAGCCAAACGCCAAAAGUCAUCAAGCAACUUUGAUAAAAAUCAUCCUUUGAAGUCCAUAAGUGAUGCUACUUUCUUCCGCUUGCUGUGUCCUGCUUCUAAAAUUGGUAAAAUUACCGGGGAGGAGGAGGAGGAUGGUAGCUUCCUUUCACAGGUCUUUAGGGAAACAGGCAUGGAGGUGAGAGUUGAAGAUCCCAUCCAAGAGUGCGAGGAGAGAGUAAUUGUCAUCAAGGGUAGUGGGAAAGUGACUGAAUUGGAUGCUGAUAGGAAGGGGGAUGAUCGUGAGGAGGUUAACACUGCCAAAACAAGCGAUGUUGGAAAAGAGCAGGAUGGGAGAGAAAAGAAAAUGGUUGAUGUUCCAGAUUCAAAAUCUGAGCCUGAUGUUUCAUCAUGUGUGCAGAAAGCACUGUUUCUACUUGUGGAACGAAUAGCUGAACUGAAGAGUGAAACUGAUGAGGUUGACAUGGGAAAGGAGAAGCGGUUUCCAUGUUUGGUAAGACUCAUUGUUCUUAGCAGUCAGGUUUGCUACAUUUUGGGAAAAGGUGGAAACAUAGUCCAACGAAUGUCUCGUGGAAGCGGGGCUCAAAUUCGAAUCCUUCCAAAAGACAAACACCCUUCUUGUGUUUUAGCCUCUGAUGACAUAGUUCAGAUUGCAGGGGAUGCUGAUGCAGUUAAAAAGGCUAUCCAAUCCGUCUCUGAACAGCUUUUGGGGAACCCUCCAUUUAGUUUUGAGUUUUCCCCUGCAAACUAUGCAAGUUCGUCAUCACAUACAUCUUCUAAGCUUGCUCGUGUGUCCGUGACCUGCAGAGAUCCGAACAUUUCUUUUGGUUAUCAAUGGUCAUCCCAUAUCGCUGGACCUUGGGACUGUGCUGACUUUCCUUCCAAAGUGAUGCCACCCCAAGAAAAGCUGACAUUCAGGUUGUUAUGUCCCGAUGAGAGAGUGGGAUGGAUCAUUGGAAAGGGGGGAUUGGUUAUCAAGACUCUUAAACACGAUACAGGCUGUGAGAUUAAAAUUCUGGAUAAACUUAUCGGUUCUCAGGACCGUGUUAUUAUUAUAUCUGGUCCAGCGCAUCCUGCUGAUAGGAUAUCACCUGUCCAAGAUGCCAUUCUUCGCGUGCAAGCCAGGAUAGCGAGGGCUACUUCUGAUACCAAAGACAAGAAUGCGCCAGCAAGGCUUAUUGUUUCUUCAAAUCAAGUUGGUUUUCUUCUUGGAAAGGGUGGUUCUAACAUUUCUGAAAUGAGAAGGUUAUCUGGUGCCCAGAUACACAUUAGGGUUGCCAAGAUUCAAAAGGAUGUUUUAGAAGGUGAUGAAAUUGUCCAGAUCAGUGGAGAGCAUGAAGCAGUUCAAGAGGCUCUGUUGCUGAUAACAACUAGGUUGCUCCACUCUUUCUUUCUUGAUGCUUUUCCUUUGGGUCCCCACCCUAUGGAUACUGUGUUGCUUGAUCCUUUGCCCCAAAAUGUGGGCGGGAAUGGGACGGGAUUCUCCUCUCCGGGCCGAAAUUCUGAUUUUGGCCCUCCGCUUCACAAAUUCGGUCACUUCAGUGGCCCAGCAUAUUGCGAUGGCCUUCUCCCACACGAUUUUCAUUCUCCCUCACUUCACAAUAUUGAGCCCGAUAUGCCCCCAGAAGUAUACAAGAGGAAAUCACGGUUCCCUGAGGGAUCAUUGGAAGAAGAUAAUGUCUCUAUCGUGACAAGCAUAACUGAGGAAGUCAUAGUUCCUAGUUCUCUUGUUCCUGUGAUAUAUGGAGAAGACGGUGCAUGCUUAAAACAAAUAUGCGAGUUUUCUGAUGCGAAAAUCAUAGUAACGGAUCCCGAGCCUGGGGCCACCGAGACUGUUAUGGUGAUAUCUGGAACUCCGGAGCAAUUUCAUGCUGCGCAAAGUCUUAUUCAAGCGUUUGUAUUAAGUGAGAUCGAGGUUUCUUGAAGAUGGAAUGAUUUCUUAGGCUACUUUUUCAUUCAACAAGUGCUGGAAGUUCUCGGUGUGGAGAGGUUAAUGCGAUGCAACUGCCAGAUAUUCUUGCUAGUAAACAUGAUAAACUGAAACUAUGCGGGUUUUGGACAGCGAAGAACAAGCAUCUGUCAUGAUACAGGAUUCUUCCUUUUGAAUCUCGUCCUCGGUAGCCAAAAAAAAAAGUUUUUUUGAUACAUUUUCUCCGAAGGAGAGUCAGGUAAAAGCUAGGAACACUCUUUUUAGCGAGUUUGAUUUCAGCACAAAUCAUUCGGAAAACACGGGCGAGUUUAAGGAGGGAUGUACAGGUCUCAUUAGGUGAUUACAUUAUAAUUUGAUGUUUUAUUUAUAGUCUUUUGGUUUC